CAAGUACAAUGCGUAUGGAUAUAUCUUGUGGAAGCAAGAACAACCUCGGAACGCUUCUUCUGUCCUUGUUUUUGUUCCAACAUCAUCAUCAUCAUGUUCUUCUUUCUCUAAUUCCUUCUUCUCAUCAUCUUCAUAAAAUCUAUCUCUGAAAUCUGUGUCUUUCUCUUUCUCUCUCUAUCUGAAAUCCCCUUUCACAAAAUUUCUUAAUUAUUUUUUUAUUUAAUUGUGUGUUUUUCUCUGUUUUCGAUAAAGCUUUUUGAAUCACUUCAUCUGGGUCUUUUUCUUUUGAUUAUUGAAAUGGAUAAUUGGAGAAAAAACCAAGGGAUCAGUAAUCAUCAUCAAGUGGGUCACUGGAAAUCCUCCUCGUCCUAUAAAGGAAAGCCACCUUUGGAUAAUAGGUUUCCAACAGUGCCUUUGUGGGAAAAGAAGUUUUGUGAAUCGGUUGGCUCAGUUCCAUGGCGAAAGGUAAUAGAAGGCAAGAAGUAUAUGUAUCUGCAUCCCAAUGUGGUAAACUGGGACGACUCUGCUGUCAAAGAGGCAUUUGACAAUGCAAAAAACAGAUUUUGGGCUGAGAUCAACGAAUUUCCCUGCGACAUACCAUUGCCUGAUCCCGACACUCACAUUGAUGAUGUAGAUUGGAAUGCAAGUGUGGACCCUGAACUUUAUCAGGAUGUGGAAAGAGAAGCAGAGGCCCGCCGUAACAUGGAAGAAAAAGGCGAGGCAGCUGUGAUUCUUGGUAGUUCUCUUCUCUUGAAUCAGUCCUUUUCCGGUCCUGGAUGGGGACCUACUGGAUGGGGGGACGAAGAAGAAAAAGAAGUAACAAAGCCUUCUGAACCGAAUUAUGCUGCUCAGGGAUGGGAAUCGAACCAACAUGAAAAUAAUGAAACAAACUCUUGGGAACAGUAUCGUGCUCCUGUUGUUGAACAUUCAAAAGAAUAUGGUUGGCGAAAUGGCCAAAAUGAUUAUCAUGGAUGGAAUCAGACGGAGCAAUAUGGUGCUGACUUGCAUAACAAGUAUCAAGGAAGAAAUGGCGGGCAUGGAAAUUGGGGAGCAUGGGAUGGAUAUAACAGAAAGAGAGAAAACAUGUCGUGGUCUAAUAACCCCGGACAUUAUCAUGGUACUAAUGAAUAUCAGAUGAAUAGAGGAAGAAGAAGAAGCGGAGGAAGAGGCGGAGGAAGAGGAGGAGGAAGGAGGGGAAAUUUUUCUUAUGUGGAAAAGGUAGCUACUCCUGGUGCAUGGUAAAUGAAGAUCAAGGGCCUUGGACUGCAUGCAAGGACUCCUAUGAAGCUGCUAAAGGGUCAGUUUUGUGAAAGUAGCCGAGGAUAUAAAUUUUGUAUCUAGGUAUAUUAUAUAUGUGAUAUUAUAUCAUAUAAGAAGUAUGGCUUUUUUGUUUAUUUUGUAAAAUUCAGAUGGCUCUAUUGGUGUAAUUUAUAGUGUAUGAAAUGUUUUUAUGCUGAGCCAUGAUUAAGUACAUUAGUACUGGUAUUAUUGAAAUAUAAAAUAUGCAAUUACAAUUAAA